AUGUCACGCUUGCUAUUAUUUUUUGGUGGAGAGUUGCGCAUCGGGGAUGAGUUCACAGCCACAUAUAUUGGUGGGCAAAAUCGACCAAUCAUUGUUGAUUAUGACAUAUCACUUACUAUGCUAAAAGACCGAGUAAUGAGCGCACUUAGGAUAAAUCCUACAACAAAUACUGUCAGCCUAACAUGUCGCCUUCGUAGUAAUGGUGGCUACUGUGCUACACAUGUCACUGAUGAUGAGGUAUGUGAGUUUAUGUUAUUGGAGGCUAGAAAUGAUCCUGUCAUUGUGUACGUCGAGACCGAACAAAUUAAUUUUGGUGAUGUUGCUGGUCCGUCAACGGGGGCACAAACGCAUAUUAUGCCUAUUAUAAAACAACAGCUCGAUAUGAAGCCGAAGGAGGUAAUUGCAAGAAUAGAGUCGAAGUUUGAAAUGAAGAUUUCAUACAUGAAGGCAUGGGAUGCACGUAGAAAAGCUAUCGAAUCAAUAUUUGGUUCAUAUGAGGAAUCAUAUCGUUCCCUAAUACGUUUCAUGGAAGCUAUACGGUUGACACAGCCAGGAACUGUAUCCAAUAUUGAAAUGGUUGGCGGAUCACGAUUCAAGGCUUUAUUUUGGGCAUUUGGCCCCUCAAUUUCUGGGUGGCAACAUUGCCGGCCCGUCCUAAGCCUUGAUGGUACUUUCCUACUAGGGAAGUAUCGUGGCACACUUCUUGUGGCUGUGGGAAUUGAUGCAAACGGUGGAUUAUUUCCGUUGGCUUUUGCAGUUGUUGAAUCCGAAAGCAAUGAAUCUUGGGUUUGGUUCCUUAAGAACUUACAUGACCUGGUUGAAGUAGUUAAACUCCGUCAAAAUUUAUGUAUAAUAUCUGAUAAGCAUCCUGGUUUGGUAAGAGGGUGUAGAGAAAUUUUUCCUAACGCCGUUCAUAGACAUUGCCUCCGUCAUCUGCGUGAGAAUUACAAAAAAUUUUUACGGCGUAAAGCAAUUCCUGAUGUUGAAGGCCUCUGCAUUAACAUGUACUUAGCUGGUACUACUGAUGAGAUCGUGAACUUCACUCGCAUGAUAAACCACAUUAAAAAUGUAAAGCAAGAGGCAUAUGACUGGUUAAUAGAACGUGAUGUUAGUAAGUGGUCAUUACUAUUUGACAAUGGAUUUCGAUACGGCAUCAUGACAACCAAUGCAUCAGAAUGUUUUAAUGGAGUUAUUAAACGUGCCCGUGGACUUCCAAUUCAAGGUCUGGUAAUGUCCAUAUACUAUAACCUUGUAUCUUUAUUUGUUAGGCGUUCAACAGACGUUGAGAAGUGGCAAAUGUCUGGGGAAUCUGAGUUUGCUCCGCGUACGAUGGCUACAUUACAUCGAACAGAACGUGAGGCUAGAAGAUGCCCACAACCCAUAACUAUUAACAGAGGUGAAUUUGAAGUUGUGGAUUCAUCAUGUCGACCAAAUAGAGUUGAGAUUCAAUCACUUCAAAAUUGUACCUACACAUGUAAGAGACCACAACUCUAUCAUGUGCCGUGCGUUCAUGUCGUAGCGGUCGCCGGAUAUAGGCGAUGGAAUCAUAAUCAGUUCGUAUCACAGUACUUCACACUCAACUCCUAUAGGGAAACGUACUCAGGCCUCUUUCAUGUUAUGCCCCCAAAGGAAGUUUGGCCAAACUUCAGCGAAGCUCAGGGAAUCAUACCUUUGCUUGCGCCUGCUUUCCGAAGGCGGGCAGGCAGACCGAGGACUAAUAGAUUUCGUAACACAAUGGAUGAGGCUAAUUCAACAUCUAAUAAGAGGUGCGGACAUUGCAAGCAAAAUGGUCAUAAUAGAUCAACAUGCCCAAAUAAUCCUGGAUCAUCAAGAUAUCGUCGGUAG